GAGGCGCUUUGAAGGCGUGGUUUUAUCUCACCGACACGCGACUCGCAUCCUUUCAUUGAUAAUCCGUCGAGUGCACUACCUAGUGUACGAACAGCGUGUCCGUGGCGCAUUAAUAAAAGGGAAAAUGAUGUGAGACGGACGCGCACGCACCAGGGAAGCCUUUGAUUGGCCAGAAUUGGGAUUUCAUGGGAAGCAGCUUAAGGAAUAUUUUGAUCACAUAAAAAGGGAUACAUCAUGGAAAAUGUACCAAACACCAAAAGGACUGUGACUGUCCAAAUGAUACCACAGCUAGCCAGUAUAGAUUCACUGGGUAAUAAGGAGUUAAAUGCUAACUGGGACACUGAGCCAAAGUUAAGCAUGAACCAGGAUUGUUCUUCUGGCCAAAACGUGAAAUCAGAUCAGGAUAAUAUGCACCUUAAGUCCUCUGUCAAAGUUCUGGGAGGAAAAAACACUUCAUCCAUUGGCAGCGAAGAUCAAAGGCAAACUCAAAGUUGUCUCCCGAACAUGAAGCCAUCUGAGAAUUGUGCCAGGAGCGCUGAAGAUAGAAAUAAAGAUACGUACUCAAAUUCAGAAACGUUAUCUGUCCAAUGUGUGAAAAACCUGACUUCUGUUACGUCUCACAUCGACAAGGAGCAAAAUGGUAAUAGCACAAUGAAUGCACUUGAGAAAGAGCCCGAAGCACAAAGCAGAACCUCUGCAGUUGGAGAAUAUAGUGCAAUUAAAGAGACGGUACAUGAUCAAAAGCCAAGCCAGGCUAUUCACCAUAACCCUUCCGACUCUAUUGGGGUUUCCUGUCAAAAGGAUUUAUCUCCCAGCACCAACGACACAAACAAAGAAAUGGUUUUAUCUGAAUCAAAAGAAUUGAGUUUCACCACCAGCGCAUCCCAAGCAUCCAUCAUCAGCAGUAUCCAGUUAGAGCAGGUCCAUAUGGGAUCAAACAUCAAUUCUCCGAAAAACAAAAACCUUUCUGGAGCUACAGACACAACUGCUUGUGAUAAAGCAUGUGAACCUACGUGCAACAAUAAGAAACCCCUGACAAAUAUGCAGACACCACAACCACAAGAACCACAGCAUAUUCCUGUUAAGGAGGAUAGCAGUAGCAUCAAGGGCACGACAAAGGAUUUUAAACCAUCAGGAAUGACUCUCUUUGGGCAGCCAUUGGCUUCUUCAAGCAGCGACGCAGCUAUACCCGACAGCUCAAGUCACCACACGGAGGUGAUUAAUGGAGAAGUCCAAACACCGGUAGCUCCUUCUGGAGAACAGAAGCAGGUCCAAAGCAAACUCUAUAGUGAAGCCUCCACCAUGACUUCAGCAGCUGAGUUCGACAACCAGCCAAGAACUCAAUGCCAAGACGUGGAAGUACAAGCGGUGGCUACGGUGCGUAGUCAGUCCACAACCACUAGCCCUAGUCUUCUGUCUUUGCAACUCCAUCAGAGGCCAGCUUGUUUGCUCCCCAAGGAUGCUGAUGAAAGCCUAGCAGUAGUUGUCGAGGUGGAAACCACAGAUCGUCCCUCCCGUACCUUCUCAGAAGUGCAUUCGACCGCACCAUCUGUCAUGUCAUCCAGCAAGGUCCUGCUUGAGAAGCCCCCACAAACUGGCACUGUGAUGGUGCAUGUAGAUGCCGACCUUCAGCAGGAAUCAAAGCUUGGGGAGGAGCCUAAAGACCUUGGGGCAUCUGUACACAAUUCCCAAAGCGGAUUCUUACCUCUUCAACCAGUUUAUCAGAUUAAUAUAGAGACCCAACAUAAGGACACUAGCCACCAACCUGCAGUCACGGCAACUGGCCCGGGUGGAGUGCAGGAUCCCGUCACAACAUCUAAACAGAAUCUGCCUGCAUCGAAAUCCCCUCUUGCACAAUCGAAGACAGAUGCGCCUGGAGCAAAACCUCCACCUAACAUUACAAUGGACACUCCUCCGACAUCAAGCUCCACGCCGCAAAGCAAGAAGAUCGAAAGACGACAGCAUGGAGCUUCUGAAAAAGACAAGGAGGAAGAGAAGCAAAAGGAAAAGAGCGUGCACGAUGUGGUGUGGGACGAGCAAGGUAUGACAUGGGAGGUUUAUGGAGCGUCGGUAGAUCUUGAAUCACUUGGCUUUGCCAUUCAAAGUCAUCUCCAGUGCAAAAUCAAAGAGCAUGAAAAGAAGAUCUUAGUCCAGACGGCUCUCCGAAAAUCUUUGUCUUCACCUCCCGGCAAGAAGACAAAAAGGAGGCAGGUUAGCAUCAACUUCAGGUCAAUGUUUCAAAAUCUCCGCCGACCCAACUGUUGUACACGCCCGGCAGUACAAGAGUGAAGGGCUUCUGGUUUGUUGAUAGGUCAGUGUGAUCAAACCAAAUUCUAAGAGACUGUGCAAAGCAUGCUGGGAGAUUUCUCUGAAGAUUUUGUUAAAUAUAUAGAAACUAAUGGUGGUCUAAUGGUGAUUUGAUUGUUUUGUGGAAAACCGUAAACUUAAAGAAAAUAUUUUUAGAGAAAUACGAGAUUAUUAACAGUGAUAGUAAAGCUAUAGCAAUGUUUAAAGUGAAAUCGCAAUAAAUAUAAUUACAAUGGUAAUGAUAAUAUGUAGUAAUGUAACAUGCAUGUAUAUUAGAUCAGAAUGGCAGUCUUAAGCCCGAAGUAUAGUCUUUUUUUUUAUGUGUCGAAUGCACAACCUUGCAAAGUAUAGUUUAUUUGACUUGUAGUGUACACAGACGUUCGAAAAUGCAAUACAUCUCCUGAGCUACAUACUACAUUCUACUGUAGUCGCAUGCACAACCUGCGCAUACAGUUUCAAAAAUCCGGCUGUGUUUCGAGCACUGUACGUGGACCAUCGCGUACAGGAAAAAAAUGGAACAUACUUCGGCCUUAUACAGUAACUACCCAUUGUGGGAUCCAAUAUUAUGCACUGUACUGAUGAGCAGAUGUAUGCAUAUAAUUUUUACAGAUUUUUGUUUAAGUUGAAUAUCUUUUGUAACUCUCAUAGAUAGGUUUGGUAAAUAUUUGUUUUGCAUACCAUAUUUUUUUAAUUUACUCCCAAUACUGAACUUGAUCGAAAUCUUUGAAUGUUAUUUUUCGAAAAUCUUCACAUGCUUGUUGUCAAACUUGUUGUAAAAUGAGCCUGUUUCUGUCCAAGGAUUUGUCUUUGAUGGUGGUAUUAUAUAAUAUGAUUUUAUAUUAAAGCUACAAAGUAUUUGAGUCAUGAA